AAACGACAUCGUUGUUGGAAAUCUCCUUCUCAAACAUUACAAAUUACAAAUCUGUGUUUCAGGGUUGAAAUUUCACACGUUGAAAUUUGGUACCAACUCCAGCCCUACACCACCAUGGCCUCCAUCCACAAAUUUUUGCUUUUCUCUCUCGCCCUUCUCCUCUUCGCUUCUCCUUUUCUCCAAGUUGCUAGGUGUCAGUCAGACUCCGAUGAUGCUGUGGAUAACAUUGAAGAAUCAAGCGAUAUUGGCAUUGUUGGGGAUGAUGCCCAAGACUUUGGUGAUGGGACCUUGUCUUCCGCUCCAGGAAUUGAUACAAUAAGUGUAUUUCCAAAAAACAGCGCACGAUUGAUAACAGCUGGAGAAGAGUCAGAGCUGCUUGUUGGUGUUAAAAAUGAUGGGGAUUCAAGCUUGAAUGUUAUUGCAAUCAGGGCUAGUAUUCACCUUCCUUUUGAUCACAAGCUGCUGGUUCAAAAUCUUACUACCCAGGGUUUCAAUAAUGGUUCUGUACCAGCCUCAGCACAGGCUACUUUCCCAUAUUUAUUUGCAGUCAGUAAGUUCAUGCAGCCUGGAAAUUUUGAUCUUGUGGGCACUAUUAUUUAUGAGAUAGAUGAUCAUCCAUUCCAAAGCGUCUUCUUUAAUGGCACUGUUGAAGUUGCUGAAGCUGGUGGUUUUCUUAGCAUGGAGUCUGUUUUUCUUGUUACACUGGGGGCUGCUCUCCUUGUCCUCCUGGGGCUAUGGAUUCAUGGUCAAAUACAACACCUUUCUAAGAAAACAAAGAGGGCUCCAAAAGUUGAAGUGGGAACAAGGUCUACAGAUGCUUCAACUGAUGAAUGGCUACAGGGAACUGCAUUUACCCAAUCUCUGUCGAGCAAGUCAAAGAAGAAGAAGUAGAUAAGCAAAUUCUCACGUUCAGCCACACAAGACUGUGCCAUGGAAUACAGAAUCAUGUUACUGACUAGGUUUGAGUUUAAGAGAGCACGACCAAGUAGCUGUGAAAUUUUGGCUGAAAGAUCUAGCUUUCUGUUGUAGCUUAAGACUUUUUACGUUUCUCCAUUCGAAUGAAGUUGAGUUUUUUUUUGUUCUAAACUAACAAGGAUUUGAAUUAGGAAUGAUACAACUUUUGCGAUA